AUGAUUUUGAAAUCUUGCGGCGUUCAAUUAGGGCUAUUUCAGGGCUUGUUUUCUUGUAACAACCAUCUUUUGCGUCUUAAAAGUGUGGACAUGAUGGGGACCAGUACUCGCAGUUCUACCAAUAGAAAACCAAAUGAAAGUAUGAGGCUUGUUCUGACAACUUUUGCUGGAAUACUUUUUGGCUUCUUUAUAGGGAUAUCAUAUCCAACAUUAACUACAAAGUUGAAUGUCUCAUCUAACCUGCUUCCCUCCAUUGACGUGUCUUCCAUUGAAGACGAAUAUGAAAGUGGCAAUGCUCGGUCUUUUAUGAAGAACAAUAGCAGCGCCUCAUCAAAAUAUCAGUUAUUAAAUGACACGUUGAAGAUUUGGAUUCCAUCAAAUCCAAGAGGUGCAGAAAGAUUACCUCCUGCGAUAAUUGAAGCUGAGUCAGACUUUUAUUUGCGCAGAUUGUGGGGUCAGCCUAGUGAGGAUUUAACUUCAAAGCCGAAAUACCUCGUGACCUUCACUGUUGGUUAUGAUCAGAAACAUAAUAUUGAUGCAGCUGUGAAAAAGUUUUCAGGGAAUUUCACAAUUCUUCUGUUUCAUUAUGAUGGCCGAACAACUGAAUGGGACGAGUUUGAAUGGUCAAAGCAGGCUAUUCACGUGAGUGUUCGCAAACAGACGAAAUGGUGGUAUGCUAAACGGUUUUUGCAUCCUGACAUUGUGGCACCAUAUGACUAUAUUUUUAUGUGGGAUGAAGAUCUUGGCGUUGAGCAUUUUAAUGCAGAGGAAUACCUAAGACUGGUGAGGAAGCAUGGGUUGGAGAUUUCACAGCCUGGUUUGGAACCUAAUAAUGGGCUGACAUGGCAAAUGACAAAGAGAAGAGGUGAUCGUGAAGUUCACAAAGAAACAGAGGAGAAACCAGGAUGGUGCAGUGAUCCUCAUCUGCCUCCUUGUGCAGCGUUUGUUGAGAUUAUGGCUCCAGUGUUUUCACGUGAUGCAUGGCGCUGUGUGUGGCAUAUGAUUCAGAAUGACUUGGUCCAUGGGUGGGGUCUUGACUUUGCUCUUAGAAAAUGUGUUGAGCCGGCCCAUGAUAAGAUAGGAGUUGUUGAUUCUCAAUGGAUUAUUCAUCAAAGUAUCCCCUCACUUGGGAAUCAGGGAGAAUCAACUUCUGGGCAAGCGCCAUGGCAGGGGGUGAGGGAGAGGUGUAGAAAGGAGUGGACAAUGUUCCAGAGUCGAAUGGCAAGUGCAGAAAACGCAUAUUACAAGGCCGUGGGAAUUGAUUUGUUUAAUUCAACUAAUCCUUAG